GAUCGAAACGCACCGUCUUUUGUCGUGUAUUAGCGUUGCUGACGCAGGUGCAAGGGUCGAAGGAGAACGCGAUGCUUUCUUCCUCUUUUGUUCUUCCCCUUCCCAAUCUUCAACUUUAGGGUUACUUUCAAUCUCAUCGUUCUCGUUCCUCCACACUCCCAAGCUCCGUUCACUCCAACAACACUCCGGAGAGUGGGUCCCGCAUUGGUUGGGUGUGAAACUUAACUCCCAUUUGAAGUAGAUGCCCUUUACUUCAUUCAAUAAGAUUUAGAAAUGGAUGGACCAGCUGGCCGAGGUAGUGGUGCUGGCCUUGACAUGUUUCUACCAAAUUAUAAAUUGGGAAAAACACUUGGGAUUGGUUCUUUUGGCAAGGUGAAAAUUGCAGAACAUGUAUUGACUGGCCAUAAGGUUGCGAUUAAGAUCCUUAACCGACGUAAGAUAAAGAACAUGGAAAUGGAAGAAAAAGUGAGAAGAGAAAUCAAAAUUUUAAGAUUGUUCAUGCAUCCUCACAUUAUAAGACUUUAUGAAGUCAUAGAAACUCCAACUGACAUAUAUGUUGUUAUGGAGUAUGUGAAAUCUGGAGAGCUCUUUGAUUACAUAGUAGAGAAGGGUAGGUUGCAGGAAGAUGAAGCUCGUAAUUUUUUUCAGCAGAUAAUCUCUGGCGUGGAGUACUGUCAUAGGAAUAUGGUGGUUCAUAGAGAUUUGAAGCCUGAGAAUUUACUUUUGGACUCCAAAUGUAAUGUCAAGAUUGCUGAUUUUGGCUUGAGCAACAUCAUGCGUGAUGGGCAUUUUUUGAAGACAAGUUGUGGAAGCCCAAAUUAUGCAGCUCCUGAGGUUAUCUCUGGAAAAUUGUAUGCUGGACCUGAAGUGGAUGUCUGGAGCUGUGGUGUAAUUUUGUAUGCUCUUCUUUGUGGCACUCUUCCUUUUGAUGAUGAAAACAUUCCAAACCUCUUCAAGAAAAUUAAGGGUGGGAUAUACACUCUUCCCAGUCAUCUAUCAGCUAGUGCUAGAGAUUUGAUACCUGGGAUGCUCGUAGUUGACCCUAUGAGGAGAAUGACCAUACCUGAGAUCCGUCAACACCCAUGGUUCCAAGCCCGUCUUCCCCGUUAUUUAGCUGUGCCACCACCAGAUACAUUGCAACAGGCCAAAAAGAUUGAUGAGGAGAUCCUCCAGGAAGUGGUGAAUAUGGGAUUUGACAGGAAUCAAUUGGUCGAGUCUCUUCGGAACAGGAUGCAAUAUGAGGGUACUGUGGCAUACUAUUUGUUAUUGGACAACCGCUUUCGUGUUUCCAGUGGCUAUCUUGGAGCUGAGUUUCAAGAGUCCAUGGAUUCUGGUUUUAACCAAAUGCUUCCCAGUGAAGUUGCUUCUUCAGUUGUUGGACACCGCUUUCCAGGUUAUAUGGAUUAUCCAGGAGUAGGAUCGAGACGACAGUUCCCUGUUGAAAGGAAAUGGGCCCUUGGGCUUCAGUCUCGAGCCCAUCCUCGUGAAAUAAUGACUGAGGUCCUUAAAGCUUUGCAAGAAUUAAAUGUUUGUUGGAAGAAGAUAGGUCACUACAACAUGAAGUGCAGGUGGGUUGCUGGGAUUCCUGGUCAUCACGAAGGAAUGGUUAACAAUAAUGUGCAUAGUAAUCAUUACUCUGAAGAUGAUUCCAACAUUAUUGAGAACGAUGCUGUUUCUACAUCAAAUGUGGUCAAAUUUGAAGUGCAGCUUUACAAAACUCGGGAAGAAAAGUACCUGCUUGAUCUUCAAAGGGUGCAGGGUCCACAGUUUCUUUUCUUGGAUCUGUGUGCUGCUUUCCUUGCACAGCUUCGUGUCCUCUAGAGCAAAGAGCUUAGGUUCACAAGAGACUUAAAUAUGCCUUGUGUUUCAUGUGAAUAAGCUUACAUUGUACAUACAAGUAUUUUCAAUCCGAGCGUAUCCUCUGUUUUCUACCCGUUUUUCUAUGGGUAACCAUGGUAAUGAGCCAAUCCUAAAUAUGGGAUUUGCUUCGUUAACAGUGGUGUUUGACUAGGGGCUCCUUUCUCUUGGUGGUCUUAAUUUUAUCUAUGUAGUGAAUGUGGGGAAAGUUAUAAAAGAAUUAGCCUCCAACUGACAGUGAUAUGUAUGGUUUUCAACCAAGUGCUGUAAAUGAUUGUUGCUAUAGGAAGGAAUGUCUAGGCUGCUGCUUAACUUUUGCAGAUUAGCCUUCAUUUUCCUAUGAAUGUAGUUUCAUAUUACUCGUUUGAAUGCUAUGUAAUGACUCUUUUCAUC